AGUGUGGCCUUCACGCACCUCUAAUAUGUGUGUCGUUUCUGUGUAAUCAUCAUCCCCUAUCAAUUCACUAUCCUUCAAUAACUCACUCAGGUUUCGUUUCGAUUAUGUCCAUCAGUCCGCCUGUUUUGCCGUCUUACCUGCAUUGACGACGGCCUAUCUUCUAUCCUACGCGCCAAGACCCCCAUCACAUAGUCCCUCAGAUAGUAACAAUGACCGAACCGCACAUUCCAUAUAUAUCUCCAUCUAUUCUUUUUAGUGGGGAUAUGAAUGACGACAAUGUUGCACUUAAUCAGCCUCUUCCGAUUGAGUCACACCAUAUGGAUCUGGAUCUGCCUGAUGACCAGAUCCUGGAGUCAGAAUUCCCAUGGAGUGUUCCGGGAAUUUUUGAUACUUCCCUCGAAUCUGAGGGCACUUAUAUGUAUGUCCCACCACGGGAAGAACAAAUUUUGGGUCAACAUGUCAUCGCAACCGAGGAUAACCCGCCUUUAUCGGAAUCCUUGAUGGAUCUUAACCUCGAUCUCAGUUUAGAUUUCGGAGAUGACUUUAGCUUGAAUGCAUUGACAGCCUUAGCUCAAGUCAGUAGCCUGAGCGGGCUACAAGGUCCUGCAUUGUCCAUCCCCUAUGAUUCUUCCUCACACAGAAGCGAGAUUGUUAGCGAUGUUCCAAAGAACGCCCAGAGGUUGGAUCAAACACAACUAGAUACGCUUAAUAAGUGGGUUGCCGACUGUAACGUACCAUACCCGACAAGAAAGGAGAAGUUGAGCCUGGCGAAACACACAGGUUUGAAGAUUAGUCAGAUCAGCUCGUGGUUCAGUAGAGUUCGACAAAAAAGGUUGAAAGAGACGCAUCCAAAACCUCCUCCAAUAAUACAUGCGACUAACCUCCACCCAACGGAUUCUUCUAGUCGCUUCACAGGGUCACCUACACAGUCCGCAGCCACGACAACAUCACCACAUGCUGCCCCGUGUUAUUCAAUUGCUGGCCCCGGGCAUGGCCCACCAGCCAUAUUGACAGAUAUGGACUUUUCACCACGCUAUAGAGCUAAGCGGAAUAAUAGUGAGCACGCCACUAUGUCAACGCGCGGUGGUUAUGACAAUUUGGAGGAAGUAGAAUUUCCAAUGGAAGAAACGUCUGGUAUUAGCAGAUUACGUAUUAGACAGAAAAGACACGCGCCUUCGCCGCCGAAUGGAAACUGUCCACAACAAGGACUAUCGAAUUCUAGCGAUCUUAUAGGGUACCACAAUGGCUCAGCGGCCCUACGACUGGGCUUACCACUACUAGCAACGCCCUUGCCCAGUGCAGAUGCGAUAUCUCCCUUGCUCAUUUCGAACCAGCGAAGGUUUCAAGUAAGCACACUCAGUUUGCCUAUUGCAUUGACAAAACACAUCCCGUCGGGUGCAAAUAUUAGGCGAUCUCGAUCUUUGCCAUUGCAUUUCACACUAGACCAUCUCCGAAAGCAACUGCGUCGCCCUAUGUUGAGAGGACCCCAGAAAGGAUCUCUAGAUGUUGUCCUUUCCAAACAUACGGAAAGGUCCUCAUUGAUCAGCCAAAAGGAAUCCAUGAGUACUCUGGGACCACAAGGUUCAAGCACCGCUGAUUAUUCCCCUCUUCAAUAUCACCUCAAGCAAUCAUAUAUAAUUGAAUGGUUGAGUGGUCUGCCCAUUAGCGUUACCGAAAUGGCACCAUUGCAGCAGGACGAGACCCGUCCCACAAGCUUCGAUUCUCUACCUACGAAUCCCUUGAAUCAUAAUGAUUAUUGGCUGCCUUGGCCACGGAGUAGCAGUUCACCUGGAAGUCAUCGGCAUGACUUAGACAAGAAAGAAGCUGGAGAUGUACAGGAUUCAGCAUCAAUCGCAUGGUCCGCUGGAAUGAGUGCCUCAUCAGGUGGCAGCCAGCAAUCGUUCGGUUCUUUGGGGUCACGUAAAGGUCGACGUAUCUUUGCUCACGCAAACAGUAGUAGCGAAAGCGGUUCCAUCCGAAAACGUGGCCGAGAGGCCUUCAAAGAAGAGAUUCGGCGUACCAAAAAAUCCAGACCAACUCGUUCCUACCCACCCUCGAGUUACCGCGAAGUAGAAGAAAGGGUCAAGAAGCAGAGAAAAUAUUACUGUACAUUCUGCGACUCCGUGUUUUCAAGGCCAUUUCUUUGGAAGCGUCAUGAAGAGUCAGUUCAUGCCCCUCAGCAGGAAUGGAUAUGUGGAUUAAAUGAGUCCUCAUGCGACACUCCCGUGCCUCAAGAGAUGUCUACAACACCAGAUUUGGCUACUGAUUUAGCCACCGCGUCGUGCCCGCUAUGUAAAGAGGCGGCUAUCUAUCAGGCCAUCGAUGGCAUAGAGGUAUCGAAUACGUGCUCGCACGGGUUCAGUGAGUGCUGGGCGAAGCCCGAGUCGACCCGUACAUUUUAUAGGAAAGACACCCUUCACCAACAUCUUGUCCAUGUUCACACGAAAAUCAAAGGGCAUUCGAGGUUUGUUCAGCGACUCAAUCUUGAUCAGUGGUCACGUCCAGUCGAGACAAGUGGGUAUGACUUGAAGUGUCAUUUCUGUGGAGCCCCAAAUGAUAGCUGGAAUGAGCGAUAUAAACACAUUCUAGCGCAUUUUGACGAGGGCAUAACCAUGGAUCAGUGGCAGCCUCGUUAUAUCAUUGACUAUAACCAGCCGGAGAAUAUCAGUCUGCCACCGGGACUUACGCAACCUGGUGUUCAACCAUUGCAGAUGUCCGAUAAUGUGGAAGGCAAUAUGUAUGCCCCUCAAUGGUAUCGAAACACCAGCGACGGUUUGGCAGGUUGGUGCGAAUGGUGCCGGCCUGGACGUUGGCUGCGUCUCAAUUCAUACUGGUUCAAGCAUGACCGGUCAAUUAAACACGGAAUCUCAAUGAAAACCGGCACAACAUUCCCUGAACCUGUAAGAACCAGGUGGUCGAUUACACACGGCAUUGAGGGCCUAUGCGCUCAAUGUGACAGCUGGAUAGUCUUGGAGAAAAGCGCUCUGGGCGAUGAAUCCUGGUUCACGCAUUCAUUCCUGUGCGAAUUCGAGACAGCCACCCCGGAGGACAGACGACAACUUGAGGAGUUGUGGUCGUUUCUUAGCAAUGGUAUACGGAAGAGGGAUAAUAUGGAUGAGGUUGGAUCUGCAGUAGGUCCCACAAUGGAUCUGCAGUAUACAGGUGGUAGCAGUCUGACUUCAGCUAGCUGCGACAUGUACACACUGCAUAGUUCGAAAAACGCACCAAAAUCAGGGGUUGUAAGGUGUAUUAAGGUUAUCGUGGGUUGUUAGCCAGUGCCCUUUUUCAGCCAUGUAUUUCAGAAGUAAAUGAUAUAAUUGAUGAAGAACUUAUAAUAGUUAAUAAAAAGGCACGCAUAGGGUGUUAAAAGUAAUAAAGGGUUACAGAAGUAAUAAAAUUCAAGAAGUAGUUAGCAAAAGGGGUAAAUAUAGGAAGGUGUAAAUAAUAUAGGAAAAACGGUAUUAAUGGCGCAUUAUAGGCCGUUGCAGCUGUAGGCACCUAUAUAUUGUAGAUCCAACCUCGUCCGAUAAUAUUACGUUCAAGCCGUUAUUAUC